UCCCAAAUUCCCAAACAGCGCCGCUGAGCUAUUUCAAAACCCUAAUCUCUGCAGAAACCCUAAAACCCGCAAACAAACCGAUGCAACCGGCAAUUAUCUGAAAAUAUUCCCUCUAAAACCCCAUUAAUUCCCUCUACAACAACCCAAUUCUUGAUUUCCCGUCGUCCUCUCCCUCUCUCUUCUCUCUGUCUAAGCCCAUAACGUUGUUUCGUCUUCCAGCCUCACUCAUUUAUCAUAAUCUGUUAGAAGAAUUUUUCCUGCUGCAAAUACGAUGGCGACUUCAUUAGAUAUGACCCUUGAUGAUAUGGUGAAGAGAAAUAAGAGUGAGAGAGCAAGGGGACGAGGUAGGGCCCGUCGAGGCCGUGGACCAGGUGCAUAUUUUAGUGGAGGAAGAAUGGCAGGGCCAGUUCAUAGAGGUCCUCUUGCAGUGAAUGCCCGGCCAUCACAGUAUGCAAUUGCCAAGUCUACUCGGAGACCUAGGAGGUUACCAUGGCAGCAUGAUUUGUUUGAAGAUGGCCUUAGAGCAGCAGGGAUAUCAGGAAUAGAAGUUGGCACAAAGUUAUACGUUUCCAACUUGGACCAGGGAGUGACAAAUGAAGAUAUAAGGGAGCUCUUUUCUGAGAUCGGGGAGCUGAAAAGAUAUGCUGUUCAUUACGAUAAUAAUGGUCGUCAAAGUGGUUCUGCUGAAGUUCUAUAUGUCAGAAGAAGUGAUGCAUUUGCUGCACUUAAACGGUAUAACAAUGUACUCUUGGAUGGGAAGCCCAUGAAGAUUGAGGUUGUCGGUGCAAACGCUGACAUUCCUAUUUCAGCUCGUGUCAAUGUUACUGGAGUAAAUGGAAGAAGGAAGAGGACUGUUGUUAUGACUCCUGGACUUGGUCAAGCUAGAACUUCUAAUGGAACUAAACGUGGUCCUGGUCAAAAUCGCCGCGGAGGUGGGGGAAUGAGGAAUAGUCGUGGUGGAGCUCGUGGUAGAGGGGGCCGUGGACGUGGAAUGAAGAAACCUGCUGACAAGUCUGCUGAUGAGCUUGACAAGGAACUUGACAACUAUCAUGCUGGAGCCAUGAAUGUUUCCUGAAGUCCAAAGGCAAAGCCAAGCCAAACUGAAACAUAUUAGGUCUAGUGAAAGUUUAGCUGUACAAAGGGUGGAAGCAGUGGUGGUAUUUCCGCAUCUUGUUUCUGCUUUCUGCGUGGGUUGGUUUCUGCUUAUAAGACAUGCGAGUUUCAGUCUAAAUGAAUCUGGUAGAGGAGCUUAGAACUCGGAAAAUUGUUGCAUAUUCUAGUUAAUAUUAUCAGCAAGUAUUUCCAUUCAAUUGAGCUUGAUCCAUAUUUCACUUAAGAAAUCUGUUCUUUCAUUCUUUUUCUCUAUGUCCCGCUAGAGGGGUGGUCUUCCUUGAGAAAAAUUCCAAAAAUACGAUGUUUGCUAUGCACAUCAUAU